AUGAUCCAGAUCCAAGAUCCACCACUUUCUCCACAGAAAAAGGUGCUUGCCGCGAUGGACGUGGUACAAUUACCGCUGCUAUUCAAGGACUUGAGACAUGUACUGUCAAUUGACGUGGCAUACAUUGGGGAAAUUAGAUGGCAGAGAGAUUUGUUUCUCCAUGCUCUAUCUCAUCAAUCGAUAUCAACUGUACUUGAGCCAACAACCGCUGGGGAGCUCGUUCUUAGAUUUCUCGGAUUUCUGAUCGACAACAAUGCUCGCUCAUCCAUCGUUCAGUCGUUAGUCUGGACAUUCGAAGAAGAAUUUCUAAAGGCCACUGACCCCCACUCAAUGAUUUGUGCCCUUCCUGUUAGUUCAGCUGUGCAUAGAGAGCUUCUCAGCACUUAUUUCAUGGCCUUAUCCCGAUGUGAAACGAUAAAGAACCCACACAGUGCCUUACUGCAUCUGGCACAACAGAAUCAGGCAACACUGAUCGCAGUCUUUGGAGGACAAAGCACCAACAACCCUAAAUGCUUUUCGUCAUUGGCAGGACUUUACUCAACGUAUAAACCCUUCUUAUCGGAACUCAUCAAUGACCACGUGGCACCACUACUGUCUGGGCUUUGUCGCUUACCUGAGACAGACGACCAUUAUUGUGGACGAUCCAUCGAUCUAACGACCUGGUUACAAGACCUUGGAAGUGCACCCGACAUGGAAUUCAUCUCACAAGCACCAGUCAGCAUGCCUCUAGUGGGUCUUCUAAGUUUAGCUCAUUAUUGUGUUACCUGCAAAACACUCGGAAUGACACCUGGUGAACUACGUUCGCGUUUCAAAGGCACAACCGGACAUUCACAAGGUCUAGUGAUUGCAGCGGCGAUCUCUAUGGCAGAUUCUUGGGAUUCCUUCUAUCAUAUUGCGAAACUCACAGUUGAACUCUUAUUUUGGAUGGGCUUCUACUGCCAUCAAGCAAGGCCUCACUCAUCAGUGCCUGGACCUCUUGUGAAGGAAUGCCUUGAGAAUAAUGAAGGUCAACCAUCUUUCAUGUUGAGUGUACGCGGCUUGGAUCGCCCACGUAUCGAGACUGUCCUUGCAAAUUGUAACAAGAAUUUGGCUUGCCAAGAGCAGGUAUAUCUAGCACUGGAGAACACUAGGGAUAAUUUCGUCGUGGCCGGUCCCGUGAAACCGCUCGUUCAUUUAAACUCGCAUCUACGAGCACUCAAGACAAACGAUGAAAUGGAUCAGACUCGGACACCGUUCAGUAGCCGGAAACCAGUCAUCCAGCACCAGUUUUUGCCCACCAGUGUGCCGUUUCACACAAACUACUUGAGUACUGCUGCAGAAAUGGUCAAACUUCGUCUUGCCGGCAAGCUGACUUGGAACGCAAAUUUAGCUUUGCCUGUCUACCACAGCAAGACCGCACAAGAUCUCCGGAGUGUCGAAAUUCCAAAGCUUCUGGAGACGUUGAUCGACGCGGUAGCUUGUUCGGAAUGCCGAUGGCCUACCGCUUUGAAGAUCCCAGGCACCACACAUAUCCUGACAUUUGAUGGUGGUAUAAGCGACUUAGUUAUGAGAGUCAAGGACGGCGAAGGCGUCCGAGUUAUCGACAUGACCAGCCUUGGAUUUUCCGAAAAAGAAGUCGGUACGGCCAUUGACCUCUAUUCCCCAACGUUACUUGGAUCGUGUGCAGCAGUCGUCUCUUGGGGGCAAAAAUUCCAACCCCGGCUUGUUCGUUCUCCUGCAGGCAAGUGGUCUAUUCAGACUAAGCUCACCCAGCUGCUUGGCUGUCCACCGGUGGUGGUUGCAGGCAUGACGCCAACAACAAGCCACUGGGACUUUGUAUCCACCAUCAUGAAUGCCGGAUAUCAUGCAGAGUUAGCAGCCGGCGGCUUCUACGAUCAGGAUGCAAUGACAUCGGCUAUCAAGCAACUCGCAGAAUCUCUCCCCCAAGGCAGGGGUAUAACCUGUAAUCUGAUCUAUGCGAGUCCUCAGACCAUGGCUUGGCAGCUCGCGACCUUACAGAAGCUAGUCAGAAGAGGAGUUGCUGUCCAUGGUCUGACUAUCGGAGCUGGCAUUCCAUCUGCAGAGAUCGUCGCAGAUUAUAUUCGGACCCUUGGCAUCAAACAUAUUGCAUUCAAACCUGGCUCCGCGGCGGGGAUAAAGGAAGUAAUCGAGAUUGCCAAGGCUCAUCCUCAUUAUCCAGUCAUUCUACAGUGGACUGGAGGUCGUGGAGGUGGUCAUCACUCUUAUGAAGACUUCUAUUCACCUAUCCUAAAGCUCUAUGGGAUAAUACGAAGCCAGAGCAAUAUCAUCUUGGUCGCCGGCAGCGGUUUUGGAGCCGGUGACGAUACGUUUCCAUACCUGACAGGAGCAUGGUCAUCUCGAUUUGGUUAUGCUAUGAUGCCAUUCGACGGAGUGUUGCUUGGUAGUCGCAUGAUGGUUGCAAGAGAGGCCCAUACGUCGGCCGCUACGCGGGAACUUAUCUGUCAAACCCCAGGCGUCUCAGAUGCCAACUGGGAAAAGACAUAUAAAGGCCCUGCGGGUGGCAUCAUCACUGUUCAGUCGGAGAUGGGACAGCCCAUCCACAAAAUUGCCAAUAGGGCAGUAUUGCUAUGGAGCGAGCUGGAUCGAACGAUAUUCAGCCUACCUCGAAGCGAUCGCGUUCCAAAAUUACUUAAAAACAAGGACAGCAUCAUCCGAAAGCUCAAUGCAGAUUUCGCCAAGCCAUGGUUUGGCCAAACAUCAAAUGGAGAGGCCACAGACCUAUCAGCCAUGACGUACAUGGAAGUCCUAGAGAGAAUGAUCAGUCUGAUGUAUGUUAAACAUCAGUCUCGGUGGAUUCAUACAUCAUACGCCAGCUUUGUCUACGAUUUUGCUGGUCGAGCUACACAACGCCUCACACAAGCCAGUGAUAUCGAUGUGUCAGAUAUGAUUCUGCGCGAGCCGUUCAAAUUUCUGGACAGAUUACGUCUAUCAUGCCCUAGGGCAUCCACAACUAUUCUGAACCCUGAAGACUACACCUUCUUCCUCCAUCGAUGCAAAGCACGCGGACAGAAGCCUGUCAAUUUUAUCCCGAUACUAGAUGAAAAUUUUGAAUACUACUUCAAGAAAGACUCCUUAUGGCAAUCUGAAGAUGUUGAGGCGGUGGUUGAUAUGGAUGCAGGCAGAGUCUGUAUCCUACAUGGACCUGUUGCGGCACAAUUUUCUCAAGAAUGCGAUGAGCCUGCCAAGCAAAUCCUCGAUACUAUUGCGUACUCUCAUAUAGAUAUGUUGUUAUCCGAGCAAUAUGGUAACUAUACGCCCUCGAUCAUUAUGCUGUCUGAUCAAGAAAGUGCAAGCCAGAGUGGUAGCCUGACACCAGACUCCUGGACAAAUGCAACACCUCCAAGUCUGGCCACGUCCAUGGAGAAUAGUCCGUUUUCCUGCAAGAGUCCAGCGCCUCUGCACGAUCUACAACCUUCUAUGGAUGCCAUCAGCUAUUUCCCCCCCUCCUUCUUAGCAGGGAGAUGCAGUGAUUCAUCAACACUAAUCCGUGCAUUAUUCCAUCCUGAUCAUGUUAUUCGGGACGGACAUCACAAAAACAGUCCUCUUCAUCGAAUCCUCGAACCUCGCGAGGGAACUUCGUUGUCAAUUGAUAGGGAAGCUGGAAAGGUUAUACUUGAGAAAGAUGGGCGAUCUGGUGGUGAAGUGCUAGCUGAGAUCUCCUGCCACGACAAUCUCAGAUUGACAGUCGACCUCGUUCUACCAAGCUCACAUAACGGUGGCUUCCUUGCACUACCGUUUGAAUAUUCUCUUCAAUCAGCAACGGGUCCAUUCACUUUCAGCGAAAAUAUGGAGGACAGAAACAUUCGGAUCAAGGCAUUUUACAGCAAACUGUGGUUCGAUGAAGACCUUGACAUGAGUGCUACCUCGGCCUCUACUUUUAGGGGAAACGACAUGGUUCUCACGAAAGAGAUGCAUCAAGACUACCUUUCCACGAUUGCUCAAUCAUAUGCCAACGAUACGAUGAUGUGCGGAAAUUCCGAGAUCUUCCCUAUCGGCUUUGGUAUUGUCGUGGUAUGGGAUGUUAUCUCCAGACCUCUUGUGGCCACAGAUAUCGACGGCGACCUUCUCUGUCUUGUCCACCAUUCAAAUACCUUUGACUACUGCAACAGAGCAACACCACUUCAUAUCGGCGAUGUUGUGUCUGCCAAGUCGAAAGUAGAGGCUGUGUACAUUGAAGAUGCUGGCAAGUACGUUGAGGUUGAAGCAGAAAUUAUUCGCGUAGGCGAGACCGUGAUGACUGUGAGGUCGAAGUUCUUGUUCAAGGGACGAUACACCGAUUUCGCCUCCACAUUCCGCAAGCAAAAGGAGCCAAUUCAGGAAGUCAAAAUUGUAUCUCGACAAGAGGAAGCAAUCCUUCUCGAUCGAGACUGGUUUCAUCCGCACGAGCCGAGCUGCUCCUUUAUUGGACAGAAUUUGCUCUUCAAGUUGGAAUCACUUGUUACGUGGAAGGAACAUAAUGUAUUCGAAAAGCUCGCCGUCACAGGUACGGUGAUUGCUCGAAGAUCCGAGACCGAAAUGGUGGAGAUCGGUAGUGUGGAUUUUCAUGGUAUUGAUUGCGUGGGAAAUCCUGUUAUGGACUUCCUGACUCGCAAGGCGAUCUCAUCGAGUGCACAAAGCAGCCUUGCACACCCCGGAUGGUCUAAUGAUAGAAUCAUUGAAGUACAGACACCCAACAGCAAUGAAAAAUACGCCAGAAUCUCGAAGGACUACAAUCCUAUUCAUGUCUCACCACUAUUCGCGGAAUUUGCAGAGUUGCCGGGUACCAUCACUCAUGGCAUGUAUACAUCUGCUCUUGCUGCUAGCAUUCUAGAGAAUCUCACCGCAAAUGGAAAUUCAGAACGUCUACGGCGAUAUUCGGCGACGUUCACAGGCAUGGUCCUUCCCAAAGACAGACUCACCGUGAAGGUUAAGCAUGUUGGCAUGAAGGAGGGUAAUAUGUGUAUUGAAGUGACUGCAUACAAAAAGGGCACAGACCAGAUCGUGCUCGAGGCAGAAGCGGAGGUUGAGCAAGGUAGAACGGCUUAUAUUUUCACUGGCCAGGGCAGUCAAGCGAAAGGCAUGGGAAUGGAUCUCUACAGUAGCAGUACCACCGCGCAAGCGGUGUGGGAUUCUGCAGAUAGAUAUCUCAUGGAUUCCUAUGGUAAGUCGAGCAAAAUCUAUGGGAAACCGGAAGCGAGUAUGCUAACCUAUUUGCUAGGAUGGUCUGUACUUGACGUGAUACGACAUAAUCCUAAGAACUUGACAAUCCAUUUUGGAGGCAAGCGAGGCCGCAAGAUUCGGGAGAACUAUAUGGGUAUGCAAGUUGAGACUAUUCUGCCAGAUGGACACACAACUACGAAACCCAUCUUGCCAGGCUUGAAUUCUACGACGCGGUCUUUCACAUUUUCUGAGCCUCGAGGUCUCCUUUUCUCUACACAAUUUGCUCAAUGUGCAAUCUUGGUGCAGCAGAAAGCCAGCUUUGAAGAUCUGCGAGCAAAAGGGUUUAUUCAAGACGGUGCAACAUAUGCGGGCCAUUCUCUGGGAGAAUACGGAUCCCUCUCAGCAUUCUCAGGUUUCUUGUCCAUGACUGAUCUCAUGGACGUGGUAUUCUACCGUGGUCUCAGUAUGCAGUUAGCCAUGGAUAGAGAAGAAGACGGUGGUACUGGCUACUCCAUGGUCGCUGCGAACCCCAAACGGGUGGGUAAAGAUUUCAACGAGACCGCUUUGAACUUUGUUGUCCGCACCAUCUCAUCUACCAGCAACGAACUACUGGAAAUAGUCAACUACAAUGUGGAAGGCGAGCAAUACGUCUGUGCCGGCACUGACAAAAACCUCCAAGUUCUUUCAACGGUUCUGAGUCACCUCGCCACAUCGUCCGGUACUCAACCCUUAGUUGCUGAGGCUCUGCGAGCAGAUGACACGACAGCGGAAGAGCUCAAAGCCUAUAUCUCCAAUUGCGUCGCCAAGGUUCGAACCUUGCCAAAGCCACUUCAACUGGAACGUGGUACUGCAACCAUCCCGCUCAAGGGCAUCGAUGUACCUUUCCACUCAUCACACUUGCGAUCUGGCGUACACUCAUACCGCAAGUUCUUGCAGAAGCGCAUUCAUGCGAGCAACAUACAACCGGAGAAGUUGAUAGGGAAAUUCGUUCCAAAUGUUAUGGCGGAGAGGUUUUCGUUGGACAGACAGUAUAUUCAGGAGGCGUACCGGCUGACCCAAAGUUCAGUCUUGCGGGAACUGCUAGAUGAGGGCUAUGGCACGGAGUAG